UCUUCAGGAGCCGGUAUUGCUGGUGGCCUAUCGAGCAGUUCGUCGGAAAAGGUGCUCGCGAACUUCUUCAACAACUUGCUCAGCAAGGGACCAUCUGCUCGUCAAACGCCUAAUGGACCUCCUCCUUCGUCGUUCAAUCCAUUACCACCUGAGACGAAUAGUUUUGGUGAUGCUUCCACGAUGUCAGCCAGGGAGAUGCAGUCGGAAUUGGAACGACUAGCUCGAACAUCGAAGGAGGCGUUGGACAACUCGUCAGGAUUGGGGGAAAAGCCCGUAACUACCGAAAAGUCCUCUUAA